AGGACUCCAAAGCGCCGCUCUCUGCUGCCUGGGGGUGGGGUGCGUGGACCUGGGGUGUCUGUCCUGCAGGUGUCUAUCCUCUCUCGCCCUCCAUCUCCUCAGAUCCGGCGCCGGAGGCCAACCCCUGCCAUGCUGUUCCGGCUCUCAGAGCACCCCUCGCCAGAGGAGGAAGCCUCACCCCACCAGAGGGCCUCAGGAGAGGGGCAUCACCUCAAGUCCAAGAGACCCAACCCCUCUGCCUACACACCACCCUCGCUGAAAGCCGUGCAGCGCAUCGCCGAGUCCCACCUGCAGACCAUCAGUAACCUGAGCGAGAACCAGGCCUCGGAGGAGGAGGACGAGCUGGGGGAGCUGCGCGAGCUGGGGUAUCCAAGGGAGGAUGAGGAGGAGGACGAGGAAGAGGACGAGGAGGAAGACGAGGAGGAAGACAGCCAGGCUGAGGUCCUGAAGGGCAUCAGGGGCUCCGCUGGCCAAAAGGUAACCUGUGGCCAGGGUCUGGAGGGGCUCUGGGAGCGCCCACCCCCUCUGGAUGAGCCGCAGAGCGAUGGCAGCUCGGAGGGCCAAGAUACAGCACUAACUGAGCUGGGAGAGGAGCCUCAGCACCCUGAACCUGGCACAUAAGUGCACAGCUCCCAGUCUUCAAGAGGAAGUGGGGGGGCAUCACUGUGCCCCAGAAACCCACUCUGUCCCCACCCUAUUUGGUGCCCUUCCCCUUCUCUGCGACUUCUAGACGACUAAGGCUGGUCUGUGUUUGCUUUCUGCCCACCUCUGGCUGAUGCCGAGUCCCUGACACCUGCCCCUACCAGUUGUUCCUCCAUUCACCCGGCGGGAGGUGGGGUGUGGGGGAGCCCAUGUUGGAAAAUUCAGAAAACGGAAACAAAGAUUUGCUUUCACAGUUCUACUCCCCAGAUCCUCUCCCCUGGGCACAGGAGACCCACAGGGCAGGACCCUAAGAUCUGGGGAAAGGAGUGUGAGAACCUGUAGGUGUCCUGAGAACCUUCUCCAUCCUCUCUCCCCGCCGGAGUCCACGUCACCACCCCCUCACCAGCGUCUCCCAGGGCCCAGGACUCGAUCCUUCUCCACAGCCUCAACGUACGGAGAUCUCUGGGUCACCCCUUCUCCCCCUGCGUGCCUGGAAGAUGGACUGGCAGGGGCUGCUUCGUUGCGUUAUGUUUGUGCUUUGAUGCCGGGAAUGCCGCCUAGUACGCGCCCUCAGAGGGGAUACACGGUGGGGGAGCCAGGGCCUCCUCGUCCCCCAGCUACUCUGUCCUCUUCCCCUUCUUCCUCAACUCCAGGCCUGAAUCCCUCCAGUGCUGUAAUAAAUCUUUGUAAA